GAUUUGAGCAGUUUGGAACGUAAACAUUGGAGCAGGUGGGAGGGAAGAAGCGCAAGGAAAACAAGACGUACUGUCUCUACGUAUAGCCGGUUUUAGGCGACAGACUAGUUAAGAAAAUCUUACAAUUCGGUGGGAUUUGAUUGUUUCUUUGUUUGUAGUCAUCGACCGUUUCGUGCUGUUGUUUCGGUUUGCUGUAUUUUGAAAAAGGAAAUGUGAUGAGAGCCACCGUGGGCAGUGGGGCAGUUCGACUGAUGUGACGAACGAUGGCGGAGGGUGCGGAGGCCGCCCAAGCAGGCCGGUGCAGCCGGCAGGUGUACCGAAGCCACGCCCACUCGCAAGGUGUGCUGACCGGACUGCUGUCACUCAGGGAUUCGGGCGCCCUGUUUGACGUCACGCUUCUGGUGGAUGGGCGGCCUAUCCAGGCCCACCGGCUACUGCUGGCAGCUUCCUGUGACUACUUCAGGGGCAUGUUUGCUGGAGGACUACGGGAGAUGCAUGAGCCGGAAGUGCCCGUGCGUGGGGUGUCAUACGCGGCCAUGACCAAGCUUCUGGACUUCAUCUACACUGCCGAGCUUCAGCUUGACCUAGACAGUGUGCAGGAGGUCCUUUGUGCAGCUAGCCUGCUGCAGAUUGAGGAGGUUAUUGGCUUCUGCUGUGACUUCCUCUUCUCUUGGUUGGAUGAUGAGAACAUCCUGGAGGUGUACAAGCUGGCUGACAUGUACAAUCUGGAGCAGCUGGGGGCCAGGGUACACUCUUACCUCCUGAAGAACAUCCAGACCUUUUCCCGGACGUCCGUCUAUCGCCAGCUCCCUUCAGAGAAGGUCUUUGGCGUGCUCUCCAGUGAUGAUCUUGAGGUCGACUCUGAGAACGAGGUGUACGAGGCAGCUCUGCACUACCAUUACAGCCCUGAGCAGGUGGAGACGGACCAGGUGUGCUUACAGGACCCACUUCCGAUGCUAGAGGCGGUGCGCUUCUGCCUGAUGGAACGUCCGGUGCUGCAGCGCCUCCAUGAGCGACUGAGGAACUGCGUGCUGCGGGAGCGUGUGGCGGCGGCACUGCGCUACCAUGCGCAGGAGCUGUGGCAGCCCGUCCUGCAGGGGGCGCUCACCCAGCCGCGCUCCCGCUCACGUUGCAUCCUGGGCUUCGGUGGCAUGUACUCACCAGAUUCCGUCGCCCACGCCGAUGAGCUCCAGGUCUUCCAUCCGUCCUGGGGCGAGUGGAGGACCCUGGCCGCCCCUCAUGCUCCCCGCAUGUCUAACCAGGGCAUCGCCGUGCUCAACAACUUUGUCUAUCUUAUCGGUGGGGACAAGAACACCAGCAGCUUCCGUGCUGAGACUCGCUGCUGGAGGUACGACCCCCGUCACAACAGCUGGUGCAUCAUCAAGCCACUGCAGCAGCAGCACGCGGACCACUGCGUCUGCGUGGAGGGGGGGUACAUUUAUGCCAUUGGAGGCCGUGACUACAGCACCGAGCUGGACUGCGUGGAGCGCUACAGCCCCAGCACCAACACCUGGGAGUUUGUGGCCGGCCUCCGGCGAGAGGUGUACGCACACGCGGGGGCCGUGGUGGACGGGAAGAUCUACAUCACGUGUGGCCGCCGCAGGCUGUCCUACCUCAAGGAGACCUACUGUUACGACCCCCAGGCCAACAACUGGACGGGCCGCGCCGAGGGCCCCGUGGAGAGGGCAUGGCACGGCAUGGCAGCUGUGGGGGGGCGGGCGUAUGUCAUCGGGGGCAGCAAUGAUGAGCGAGGCUAUCGGCGUGAUGUCCUCAAGGUGGCAUGCUACAACGCAAACGCGGACAGCUGGUCGUUGGUGAGCCCGCUGCCAGCAGGGCACGGGGAGCCGGGCAUCGCGGUGCUGGACGGCUGCAUCUACGUGCUGGGAGGCCGCUCGCAUGAUAAAGGCAGCCGCAUGAAGCACGUGCACGUGUACGAGCCCUCGAGCGACCGCUGGGAGAGCGGUACCGCCUUCGAAGAGCGUGUGUCGGGCCUGGCCGCUUGUGAGCUGCUGGUGCCCCGCUCCACCCUGGCCCAGGCCCGUGGCUGGGGGCAGCGUGCCAAGGCGUCGUGGGAAGACCCGGACUUCGACAAUUCCGACGACUCCAGCGAUGACUGACGCGGUGCUGUGGCAGCGGACGAAGAUUUGAAUGCUCAUGCUUCAGCCAUAUAUAAUGAGGGGCUGUUAUGGGAAGGUCCUGGCAGUUCAGGCAGUACGGCUUGCAGGGGGAAGUUUGUUACAUUGCGUUAAAUGAUAUUAUUAUAAUUAUUAUAGCACAGACUUUAUAGCCCAUAAUUUUAUUAAUGUAAAUCCAUGGCCCUCCCCCGGCAUGCACAUACAGGCACACCUGUGUGAUUCAGGGUUAACUACUGCUGUUUCAUUUCAGAAGAUUGAUACCACUUAAGGAAACACUGGCUUUGUACAAAAGUCCCAGCAGAUGCACCAAAACACAGGGGCUGCUGACUUUCCCAGUGCCCUCUCCAGUUAAGGUGAGGCAGACCACAAGCUGGCACAGACCUCCCACAUGCAGACCUCCCACACGCUGACCUCCCUGGAUCUUGCAAGGCCCAAACCCACAUCUGCUUCACUAAUGGUUCUUGGCUUGCUCUCUAUCUUCUUUUCAGCAUGUCUUUUUCCCCCCUUCCUUUUUUUUUUUGAGGAACUCUCUCCCUGCUUGUCUCUUCCAGGCUGUGUGCCCAUCCCUCUCUGUUCGAAGCCAGGCUCGGUGCUGGGGGAGGAUGAGGUUGUUUGUGUCGGGUUGGGUGAAAUCAAGGAAACUUCUAGAAAGGCCAAAACAUCCUCAUUGGUGCAGGUUUUGAGAAUUUCUCUGAAAACCUGUUUUGCCAUUGAUGUGGGGGCGGCUACCUACACAGCAUCUUACACAAAUAAGGGACGAUGCCAACGGGCCCUUGUGUCAAAGUACCGGAAAGGGGGGGGCGGAGUAGAAUCAGUGCUUUUGUGGGAUUUUCCAAAGCAAGCACUUGGGGAAGAUAACUGUGGUCUACAAUGCUCAAAUCUUUAGAUGUUAUCCUUCUGCAUGAACAAAUUUAGUUUCUUCAGAAGGGUGGUACUAGUUGUGGUGUGAACUUGGGGGGGGGGGGCUGAAAUCAAUUUAUUGAGCUGUCAUCGAUAGAAAACUGCUUUAUCAGCAAAGUUCUGACUGCUCAGUGGAAAGCAGCUGCAAUUAACACCACUGGCAACUAACUGGAUGACAUGACUUUCCGUGGCAGAGCUGUAAGUGCUGUUUGUUGGUUCCCUUUAUAUUCCCUGUCCCUGGAGUCACCGUCGGCCUUCCAACUCCGGAAGGAUGUUGGCUCUAGAACAGGCAGCUAUGGGCAGAUAGGGAUUGAGGAGUUGAUGUACAUUUUAUAAAUGGUUUUUCAUUUA